AUAAAAAACUCAUGAUCGAUCUGUUAAGUCUGCUUUUUGUUGACUUGCUUGAGGGUUCACUGCUUAGGAAACAUCAACCGUGGAUUCCCCCUGUAGAGCCGAGCGAAGAGGGUGGCAAUGGAUUGGAUGAGAAGAAGGAUCUUGUGCAAGAGAAAACUUGGGCCUUGCUUGGGAGAUAUUUGUCGCAAUAUGUCUUAUAUACUGGACCAUCGACUGCGUGGUUGUUAAGUGAUGACGUAGCUGGUAAACUUACAAAGGCAAUAUUUGCUAAACUGACAAUGGGAGUAAAUCUUGGCGGAAUAAAAUUAAUACGCGGAUAUGCUGAAGUGACCAAGACACUAUCUGGUAAAGCCGAAGAGGCUGAAAAGAAGAAAGAAGAGACUGAGCUUCAACCGACUAAUUUGAACCAGUCGUUCAGCGAGCGAAAGAAAGAAUACGUACAGGAGACGAUAGAGAGUCAUGACUAUGAGAAUGAGCAAAGCGAAGAAGAGAGAGUCAUUGAUCAUCUCGUACUAGUCAUUCAUGGCAUCGGCCAGAAACUAGGCGAACGGAUGGAGGCUAUUAACUUUGUCCACGACGUUAAUGUUUUACGUAGAACAAUAAAGAACACAUUUGCAACAAACCCGCCGCAUGAACUCGGUUCUCGCUCUCAAACAUCCUCUUCACCAAACGCUUCCAGGCGAAAUUCCACACCAACGCCACAUCGCGGAAACGGAGUUCAGGUUCUUCCGAUUCAAUGGAGACAGGAAAUCAAGUUUGGCAUGGCAUGUAACAAUGAAUCAAUACAGCGUGAUCUGGGAUUACCUGAUGCUGAAGAUGGUCAAACGACUAUGGAUGAAAUUACGUUGGAUGGAGUGCCGACUAUUAGAUUGAUGAUAUCAGAUGUGCUAAUGGAUGUGCUAUUAUACAUGACUCCAUCAUAUAGAGAACAAAUGAUUAACACAGUUACUCGUGAAUCCAAUCGGGUAUAUAGUCUUUUUGUUCAGCGUAAUCCUCAUUUUCUCGAAGUUGGAGGGAAAGUAUCUAUUUAUGGCCAUUCCCUCGGCUCUGUUCUUGCCUUUGACAUUCUCUGUCAUCAAGUUCCUCCCAGCCCCUCCUCUUCGAUGGGUAUAUUCGACGAUGGUGCAAAUAUAGAUGACAAAUUACACAAAAGUCUAGUGAAGUUGGAUUUCCCGGUUGAAAACUUUUUCGCUGUUGGAUCACCGAUUGGGCUGUUCUUGUUGUUGAAAGGUGUCAAGAUUUCUUCGAGGAAGUUUGCCGAAAAUAAGAAAACGGCGUCGGGUGACAAUGACUUGGGAAUGGGAUUACGGCUUUCACCAGCCGCUUCUCCCAUACCAUUAUGCUAUCCUGCUGUCGAGAACAUUUAUAACAUAUUCCAUCGCGCAGAUCCUAUUGCAUAUAAAUUAGAACCGUUAAUAUCUCGCAGAUACAGCGCAACUCUCAAGCCUGCGCUUAUACCAUACCACAAAGGUGGUCUUAAAGCCGUACACAUCGGACUACAGGAAUUUGGUUCUGGGAUCGCAAGCAAAGCUACCACUAUGUAUGAAACUGUGAAAACAGUCAUGUUUGCGCGCAAUCUUCUUAACAGAGUACACGCCGAUUCAGGAAACAGGAAAGUGGCAACUGACAAUGAUCGAGACGGAGGUACAGCCACCUCGACUCAAUCUCCGCCAACCGCAUCUGCUACUGGAAAUUUACAAUCGCAGAGUAGUUUAAAUGAGCAUGAGAAUGACGACCCGAUUGGAGCUGCCAAGUUAAAGUGUAUAAAUUCGACUGGAAGAGUCGAUUAUUGCUUACAGGAGGGAAUUCUUGAUGUCAGUUAUAUUAACGCAAUUACUGUACAUUUGAGUUACUGGUCAGAUUCAGAUGUCACUUACUUUCUAUUAAGAGAAUUGUAUAGAACGCCCGACGAGGAAGUUUAA